AUGCCCUUCCAGACGACAUCUCUUCUCCCCUUGACUGCGUCUGUCUCCUCUGUGCCUGACAGCCUGAGCCCUCCCACCAGCGAGCCCCUCCACCCCCGACCCGACCACCACCACCACCACGACCCAGACCGACUGCCUAUCGCACCUGCCUCCGCCGGCUCAGACGCACCUUCCGCGACUUCUUCAGCGAGCAAGAACAGCCCGCCCCCACCUUCCUCCCGUGCUAUCAACCACGCGAGACGCUACACCCUCUCCCGCUUCCCUCUCCUCCGCAAAGGCAGCCGCGAAUUGAGCAGGACGCCUUCCACCACAAAGAGCCCUGCCGAAUCGCCCUUUUACGCUACAGGUGCACCACGCUCCUCGCAGUCUCUUGCGCGUGGGCCCGAUCUUUCUCCCGCACGCGAGCCCGCCAGCCCCCACGACGACGGCGACGUCAUAGCUGAAGAGGCGGAAAACACACACCGAUUGCCAGACAGGCCGAGAGCAGGCAAGCCCGACAAGAUGCAUCAAACAAGUUCGCGGUUACUCCGCAUGACGGACGAUGAGCGGCCUUUUACAAGGGACUUCAAGGACCUCUUCUCGACGCUUAUGGUUUCGCUUCCCCUCACAGCACACCGCGUUCGCUUUAGGAUGAUCGACUUCACCUUCACUUCGGAUGAAGCAAUUACCAACCUUGGAUCCCUCAAAUUCUCUCAGUCCAACCGCAUGCCAGACCCCAAGGACUCAUCACGUGUCGUCACGACGACCACUACGACCACCUUCUCAAUGGCCAAGGAGAUGGCUCGCUCCGUUUGCCAGAAGUUUCUUGAGGCUAAAUUUGUUGAGUCGGUAGAAGGCAAGACAGAUUUCAUGAACAAGAGCUCGGUCUGGCAACUCACGCCCAAGGGCAUUCACAUUCUGGAGCGCUUUUGUACCCGCAACGGCAUCGCUUCAGCCCACGUCAAGGCUGUCAUUGAGUCUAACAGGAACCCGAGACAACUGGUUGUUCUCGAGCGCAACACUGAGACCGACAAGCUUCAUCAUGAUGAACAGACGGUUGAGAUCAUCUUUCGCCGCUUUAUCGGUACCACUGCCAAUGAGACCCAGUCAGAUUCUGACUCGAUACAUGAGUUUUCAAAGUGUGAUGUCGGGGUCAAGCUUGUCAAACACCGACCCACUUCUCAGCGCCAGUUUGAGUACACCUUCAACGGACGCAACGCCGCACAGUGGUUGAUGGACUGCUCAACCAUGGUUGACCCCCGUGAAGCUAUCGAGGUCGGCUCGCUAUUCUUGCAGCUUAAACUUAUUGCCCCAGUCGACCCUCGCAACUCAGAACACCAGUUCCAACCGUCAAAGCAGGUACACUACUAUAUCACCAAUCACGGCGAGCGUGUCGCCGGCUGGCUCCUCGAGGAAGUUCCAUCAGGCGGAGAUGUAGCAGUCAAGUCAAGAGAUGGCGUUGCCCGCGACUCCAACAGCAACCGUACCAACGUCAUCAUCCGUAAUCCUUCAUGGCGUCUAUUGUACCGCGAGUUCCUCAAGGAAACCAUGUGCGAGGAGAACCUCUCUUUCUAUCUUGAGGUUCAACAGUUCAACAAGCAAUAUCGGGACGCUAUCAACGACAAGGGUGAUAACAAGGUCGAAACAAUUCGGGAGACACUUGCUGCCGCAUACGGUCUGUACAAUGCUUUCUUGGCUCCCGGCUCUCCGAAUGAGCUCAACAUCGACCACAGUCUUCGCACACAGCUGGCUACUCGCAUGACUCGUGCCGUUGGCGACGAUGCAGCCAUGUUGCAGAGUCUUAACGAAGUCGCGUCCUUAUUCGAAAAGGCUCAGCAGUCUAUCUUCAAGCUGAUGUCUAGCGACUCUGUGCCCAAAUUCGUCAAGCAUGCCAAGUACGGCCCUCAGCUCCGUGGUCUUGAUGCCGCCGCAGCAUCUGCCUACGUCGCUUCGCCCACUGCCACCCGAUCAUAG